AAGGACGGAGGGAAUACAUAGUUUUGAAAGAUACGAGUGCAUGACACACACGGGUUAAGAUUACUUGUACCCGUCUCCAAAAUCUGAGCCAUUAAAAUCAGCUCCAUGUUUGUUAGUACUUGCCGCUCUUACUCCAUCCUGACCGUUCAAUUCAAAAAUUCGUUACUACUUGCCGCGAAUUUCAACAGGACUGUGUGUAAAACCCGCAAAACUAGUCAAAAAGAUGAUCACUUAAGUAGACUCAGUGCAUCAAUGGAGAUAUCCGACCCGACCCAUUUCACCAAUCCAUGCUAUACUCAAUCUUUUUACUCAACUUCACUAAAGUUAUGUGCAAAAAAAGGGUUUUUUGCCCAAGGAAAGCAAUUACAUGCAUCAAUGAUAAAGUUUGGAUUUUUUCAUAAUGUGUUAUGGUUACAAAAUCAAGUCUUGAAUCUUUAUAUUAAGUGUAAACAAGUGGAUGAUGCAAUUAAGGUGUUUGAUGAAAUUCUUGUGAGAAAUGUUGUGACUUGGAAUAUAUUGAUUUCUGGUUUGGUUGGGUGUGGUAGAAGCGUUUGUUACAUGGGUUUUUGCUAUUUUAGGAGGAUGAUGUUUGAAAUGUUUGUUCCGGAUAGCACAACUUUUACGGGGUUGUUUAAGUUGUGCAUUGAAAUCAAUGAUAUUGAGAUUGGUAGGCAGUUGCAUUGUUUGGUGAUUAAGGCAGGGUUGUGUGAAGAUUGUUUUGUUAGCAGUGUUCUUGUUGAUUUAUAUGCCAAAUUUGGGGUAGUUGAAGAUGCGAGAAAGGUCUUUGAUUUUGUUUUGGAUAGAGAUGUAGUAUUGUGGAAUGUGAUGGUGUCUUGCUAUGCGUUGAAUGGGUUGGGAGGAGAGGCUUUUCGGGUGUUUAGAUCGAUGGAAUUUAAUGGGGUCAAGGGUGAUGAUUUUACAAUUACUAGUCUUAUUAAUGUCUGUUCUAGUUGUGCAUCGUGUGAAUUGGGUAGGCUGAUUCACGGACUUCUGAUUAGACAGGGUUUUGAUUUGGAUGUAGUGAUUGCUAGUGCACUGAUUGAUAUGUAUGUAAAAACUGAAAAUAUAUGUGAUGCUCUCAAAGUGUUUCAGGCAAUGAACUUAAGAAAUUCGAUAUCUUGGACCACUUUAAUUGUAGGUUAUGGACGUCAUGGGGAUGGGAAUAAGGCUACCAUCUUACUCGUGAAAAUGUUAGGAGAAGGUUUAAAUCCUGAUGAACUAACAUUAGCAAGUGUACUUAGCUCAUGUGGUAAUCUAUCCCUUUUUGGUGAAACUGUUCAAAUUCAUGCUUAUGCAUUAAAAACUGCGUUUUCGGCUUUUCUAUCAGUUGGAAAUGCUCUAAUAAACUCAUACAGCAGAAGUGGUAACUUUGCCAGUGCAUAUCUAUCUUUUAUCUCGAUUAUAGAGCCUGAUCUUGUAUCAUGGACUUCAAUGAUAGGAGCAUGUGCAUUUCACGGUCUAUCAGGAGAAGGUAUUCGACUUUUUGAGGAGAUGCUAUCACAUAAAAUUAGGCCAGACAGAGUUGCCUUUCUGGAAGUUCUUUCUGCCUGUUGUCAUGGGGGACUAGUGUGUGAAGGGUUCCGCUACUUUGCGUUGAUGACCGGUGCUUAUGAAGUUGUGCCAGACUUGGAUCAUUAUACUUGUCUCAUUGACCUCCUAGGGCGAGCUGGUCUUCUUGUUGAGGCCUUCAACAUGUUGCGUUCAAUGCCAAUACAACCUGGACCAGACACCUUGGGAGCAUUUAUUGGGGCUUGCAAGGUCUACGGGAACCUAGAGUUAGAAAAAUGGUCUACAGAACAGCUAAUCAUCUUGGAACCGAAUAUGUCAGUCAGUUACACUCUCAUGUCCAACAUGUAUGCUUCUGCAGGAUCUUGGAAAGAUGUAAGCAGGGUUCGUAAGAUGAUGAGAGAAAAUUGUCACUUCAAAGUUCCAGGUUCUAGUUGGACUGAUAUUGCGGGAGAGGUUCACACAUUUUUCUCAAGUGACAGAACACAUCCCCAAAUGCUCGAGAUGAAUGCUGCUUUGGUUACCCUGUUUGGUCUAAUGAAGAACAAAGAACACAGGCCCAGCAUCGACCUUUUGCACUGAGAAUUGAUGUGCCCUUCCUCCGCCAACUUGAUGGCUUAGUAUUAGCCAUAUAAAUAUAGCCAUGUUCAGUUUGAGGUUUAUGCAUUCUUUUAGCUUCUUAUAGUUUACCGUCUUUCCAGUUAUGUAUAUCAAAAAUUUGCAGAUAGUUACACAAGUUGUAAAAUGUCAAAUUUUCAUACAUCGUUUAUAGUGAUCCUCAGAUUUUAUAUGACAAAUUUCAGUAUCAUGCCAUCUGUUCACGCUAAAAUCUUUCAUCUUGGGGGCAAGAUAUAUAUGGAACAAGACUCCUAUUAAUGACACGUAAAGUUUGGCAUUUCAGACUCCUUCCGCAAAAUGGAGGAAAUGAUAUUUGUGAUGAAUUUCUUACUUGUUUAACAAUAUGCAUAAUUCUGAUAUUUUGUCCCCAGUGCUAAUGUUAAGCGUAUACAAUUUGUUCUUAAUUCAAUUACUGUUUUGAUUGCCUGUGAUAUGUCAGGUUGUUGGAUUCUUGCCAAAUUGGGCAGCUUAUGAUUGCCAGUUUGAUGUAUGAUGUGCAUCAGUGGAUGCUGUCCAGGAUUUAUUGCCAACAAACUCAGUUUGUUUUGAAGUAGACUGUAAGUUUUUUCAACCAACUGAUGAUUUUGAUGUACUUUGACA